AAACAAGGAAAGGAAAUGGAGGUGAAGACAGGGUUGAUAUUAUUCCUAGUUUUUAUGAUACUGCAGAGGGGAGAGGGACAAUUAUCUGAGACUUUCUACCAAACUAGUUGCCCGAAAUUGGAAUCCAUAGUAAGAAACGUGGUGACCCAAAAGAUUAACCAGACGUUCGUCACAGUUCCCGCGACCCUGCGCCUGUUUUUCCAUGACUGCUUUGUUGAGGGUUGUGAUGCUUCAGUCUUGAUUGCUUCGCCAAAUGGGGAUGCAGAGAAGGAUGCUCCGGACAAUCUCUCCCUUGCAGGAGAUGGAUUUGACACAGUGACAAAGGCCAAGCAGGAAGUGGAAAAACAGUGCCCAGGAGUAGUCUCCUGUGCUGACAUUUUGGCUAUUGCUACUAGGGAUGUCAUACACCUGGCUGGAGGUCCCUCAUUCAAGGUAGAAUUGGGACGUCGUGAUGGCCUUAUCUCACUGGCAUCCAGGGUAGCUGGAAAUCUGCCAGAACCUACGUUCAAUCUCGCUCAACUUAACACCAUCUUUGCCAAAAACAACCUUACACAAAUUGAUAUGAUUGCGCUCUCAGGAUGUCACACUGUAGGCUUCUCUCACUGCAAUCGCUUUGCAAACCGCUUGUAUUCAUUUUCUCCGUCGUCCCCUGUUGAUCCUGAUCUGGAUCCUACCUACGCACAGGAGUUAAAGCAAGCCUGCCCUCAGGAUGUAGACCCCAGAAUUGCCAUCAACAUGGAUCCCGUAACCCCGCAAAAAUUUGACAAUAUGUACUUCCAGAAUCUAGUUGCUAAGAAGGGAUUGUUCACUUCAGAUGAAGUGCUCUUCACCAAUCCAGCAUCUCAACCAACUGUAAUUGAUUUUGCUAAGAACCCUGGUGACUUUAAUGCAGCCUUCAUCACAGCAAUGAGGAAGCUUGGAAGGGUGGGAGUUAAGACUGGUCAAGCUGGACAGAUAAGGGUAGACUGCACAGCCUUUAAUUCUUGA